AUGAUAGAUAUGAAACCAGGUACAGUAGCUAAAAUCGAUGAUACGAUACAUCAUUGCGACGAUGAUAACAAUGUUAUCCGAUACUAUGCAAAAACAACUGGUUGUGUGAAGUAUGGGAAAAAAUACAAGGAAGAUGAAGAAUUUAAACAAAAUCAUUUACGUUAUAAAUGUAAAAAUGGAAUAAUUGAUAUUAUUGGUUGCUAUAUGGAUGAUAUAAAACGAAAUCUUGAAAUUGGUGAUAUCAUUGUUGAUAAGCAUAUGUUAUAUAAAUGCUAUUUUGAAAAUGGUGCAGUAAAAUAUGAACAAUAUCCUUGUGGAAUGAAAGGUAUGCCAUCAUGUGAAAUUUCACGACAACAACAAAUAUCAAUUAAACAAUUUACAAUGCCUAAGCAUAGUCAAGGCUUUGGAGCAUUUAGUGUUGCACAGGUAAAAAUUUUAAUUUAG